GUUGGUAACACUGUUCACGCCGCUCUUAGCUCUUUGUUUCCUUGUGGUGCUGGUGUAUACCUAGGAUCUGAAAAGAAAAAUAAGGCAAUUAAUUGUAAAUUGUGCAAAUAUUCGAUUUAAUUUAACUAAAGAUAUAUAAAAUGGUUGACAAAAUUGAUAUGGCGUUAGAUGAUAUAAUAAAGGCCAGUAAAAAGGGAGGAAGAGGCGGCGGAGCUGGAAGAAAAUUCGAUACCAAAAAACCAGUCCGAGGGGGUGGUGGAGGCUUUCGCAAUAAUCGUUCUGGAGGCGUAAUGCGUGGUAGAAAUCGCGGCGGAGUAUCCAAAUCAACAAAUUAUACAAGGGGUGAUGUUAACAGCACAUGGAAACAUGACAUGUUCAAUGAAUUCAGUGACAGGAAGAUACAAAGAGGUGCACCCAUUACAACUGGGCCAACUAAACUUCUUGUUUCCAAUUUAGAUUUUGGAGUUUCAGAUUCUGAUAUUCAAGAAUUAUUCUCAGAGUUUGGAAUUUUAAAAAGUGCCGCUGUGCAUUAUGAUCGAUCAGGCAGAUCUUUAGGUACAGCAGAUGUAGUUUUUGAAAGAAGAGCAGAUGCUUUAAAAGCAAUGAAACAAUACAAUGGUGUUCCUCUUGAUGGCCGUGCAAUGAAUAUCCAAUUAGCCACAUCAGAAAUUAGCACAAUAAGAGGAGAAAAUAGAGGUCGACCAGUCAGUGGUGGCGGUGUACCACCAAUGAGAAGGAAUUCCAAUCGAGGCGGUGGUGGUGGUGGCAAUGUUAGAGCUACAAACAGCGCAAGGCGAGGUAGUGGAGGACGCGGCGGCCGUGGAGGUGGCGCACGUGGCAAACGACCUGUGCCCACAGCAGAGCAGCUUGAUGCAGAACUGGAUGCUUAUGUUAAAGAAAUCAAGUGAUACCCACUAUUAAUUUAGGGUAAUGACAUUAUUGCCUAUAAGAUAGAUAAUACUUCAUAUUUUUAAUAGAACAACAUUUUGUAAAAAAACUUACAAGAACAACAUUGACAAAGCAGCAGAAGCAGAUUACAUUGAACGUUUCAAAUAAAUAAAUGAAUGGAAAUUAUAA